AUGCUUUUACCGAACAUGAAGCGGCUGUAAGUUAGCAUGGAUACUUUCCUCUCUUUUUCCGUUUGGACUUCCGGCAUCAAUUGCAAGAAAUAUUUCGCUUAUGUAUAUGUAUUAGAAAAUGGGAGCUUUGUUGGGUCUAGAAACGCGGUGUCUUUGUAGUAUUUUAGAAGUGGAAUAUUUUUGUAGAAGUCUAGUAUCAUUUAAGCAUAAUGAUGUCAGUUUUUUUUAUUUUCCGAUUUUAGUGGCACGACGUUGGUGUACGUCAAGCUAUUCCUCAUCUGGCUGAGUUGUGUGGUGUUGGAUAUUGUAAUUGGCUUCCGAUUCGAACUUCUCUGGCCAUUAUGGUUAAUGGUUCGCCAUUUAUACGAUGCCAACCGGGUCCAAACGUUUGCCUCCUCGUUUCAUUACUCCGUGAGUACCCUUUGCCUUAUUUUGACUUAUUUUUAGGCGUUCUCGGUGUUCUUUGUAUGUAUAACAGCCACCUCGGACUUGAUUUGUUAUUUAUUCAUCCCGGUGCAAGUGCUUCUUUUCCUUGCCAGCACGUAUGUGUGGAUACAGUUUGUUUAUCAGUCAAGUAAGCUUUAUUCCUAGAUUUGUUGAUCAGAUUUCUUACCUUUUCCUAAUUUUUUUCCAUUUUUAGCGGAGCGAGGAUUUUGUGCAUCAUCUCUAUUGUUAUGGAGUGCAUUUGUUGGAUUCGAAUAUCUAAUACGUUCAAGGUUGGAUCAGACAACUUUGUAUUUAACACGAGGGUCCUGGAUUACUGCCGGGAUGUUUUCGAAUGGCGCCGAAAGCAUACAAAUAGGGACGUCGUCGGCGGAGAGAUUAGAAGUUUAUAGGCCGUUUGCCGCGCACUGCUUGGGGUACCCUAUAGUGACGUUGGGGUUUCGCGUUAAAUCGUUCUUCUCGUAAGUUUAUGCCUCCAUUCUGUGUUAAAUGACAAAAAAAUGUAAUAAUUACUGCGGUUUUCAGAAGCUGGCGGCUAAAGCGACGUCGCAGAGAUGUGCAACAUCGCAAUGAGCUAUUUAAAAGGUUAUUGGCAGAGGCAGUGCCGAUCCCAUUGGAAUGCCGUUACCAUCACCUGUCUUCGGCCAAACAACAGCUAGCUCUGGAACACGAUCAAGCCGGUGGGUCUUUGGGUUUGAGAGAUCAAAAACUCUGACAUAUCCAUUGUUUUUUCGGAGGCCGAGUUUAAAACUGUUUAUCCCCCGGGAGGGGUGGGGCAUCCUCUGUUUGGGAUUUUUUUUCGACGAUGUGAUAAUUUUUUUGAAUGGUUUCAGAAUACGAAUUGGAUGAAGAAGAGAGUCCCUUGAACGGAGGGAACAAUAUCCAAACGGUGGGCGCCUCUGUUGUCACCAGCCAGCCCACGACUUUUUGUUAUCUAAACGGACAUUCUAACAAUCUGGCCACCAGCCAGAACGGAGUACUUCUUCAUCACAAUAAUCACGUCAUCCAACAACGGAAGAACACGAGGGUUACAUCGACGAACGGCAAGUUGCAAGCCAAGCAAAAUGUCAGUGGAAAUAAGAAAAAGGUGUCCAGGGAGAUGACCAGUGACUCGUUAAAUAUGGGCGACGAUGGCAACGACGACAAUGAUAAGCGACGUCCAUCGAUCACCUUGUUCGCGAUCCCCGGCCUCCUGUUUCGCUACUUUUCCGUGGUUGUUAUGGUACCUUUUUCGAGCUAUUCUGUAGAUUCAUUUGUGCGCCUUUCACAUCGUAAUUUUCAGUGUAUCUUUACGUAUUUGUUAUUACCGUUGUUCGACUUGGUCUGUGCAGCGGGACAGGCGCAGUCCAAGGUUGAUGAAGAAAGGAAGUCCGAGGCGAUUUGUGAUAGUUGGAUGUCGGAUAACGAGGCUGAGAAAGUGGAAGAUCUGGAUGAAAGCGAUAAGGAAUUUCAACAUCGGGAAACCAAAAGAAACAAGUCCAAGAGACGCGGAAGAACGCCCAACGAUCCUUCUGCCCAGUCCAGUCCAUCUUCUACUCCACCAAAAGUUAAGCCAGAAGUUAUCGAACAGUCCCCUGAUAAUCCUUCUAAUGGACUUACGGAAUAUAGUUGUAUUCGUUCAUCGGCAGUAAAUUGUAAUGGAGAUAUGGAAGUGGAGCACCGAAGUUAUGCGUAUAGAAUGGAACAAUAUGGAGAAGAGAUGGGAAAAUUGAAAAUGGAACUCAAAGAGAGUAACAGGAAGAUCGAACAAUUGGGAAGAGAAAAGGAGAUGUAAGAAAUGAUUCAAAAAGUUUUAAAAUUUUUUAUAUUUAGGAUGGAAAGGGCCUUGGAUGGAGUACGGUCUGAUUUGCUGCAGCUUAGAUCCAGCGAGACCUCCCUUAAAGCCGAGCUUACCCUUUCACAGACCCAGGAAAAGAAUCAAAAGAAAGAAAUCCAAUCUAUCAAGUCCAAAUUACUCGAGACUGAACAAAAAUUGGAUUCCACUACUCGGCAGGCCGAGAGUUUCCGUCUGCAAGCUCAGAAUCAUCAACAAAAACUAAAGAAGGACAAGGCCAAUUUCAACGCGGAGAAGGCUGCUGUUAUCGACCAUCAGAAGGAGAUCAAUGAACUGAAGACAUUACUCCUUUUGAAGGAAAAGGAACUCAAAGAAGCGGCGAGUGAGCUCAAGGGGAAACAGAAUCAGAUCAAUAAAUUGGAACAGAAGAUACGAUCCGCAGAGAAUGCAAAGUUGGAAAAGGAUACCGAGAAGAGUGAAUUGAAGGUAAGGGGAUUGCACUUUUAAUGAAUUUAUUAUAUUCAGAGUACCCAAAAACAAAUGGCUGAAAUGAAGCAAGUGAUCGCUCGAUUGGAGAAGACCCUGAUGUCGGAGAAUCGCCUGAAAGUGGAUCUGUUUAGGGCUUUGAAUGACUCCAAGACUCAAAUCGAAACUUUGACCAGUAUGUCUUUUCAAUCGGCUUGGGGACGAAACUGUGACAAAAAAAAAAUAAAAAAAGUGGGGACAAUGUCUUGGGGGCAAAAAGAACAAAAAUUGGUAAACUUUAUCACUCACAAUUAGGAAAAAUAGGCGUAACACAUUUUUACCAAUUUGUUCCUACGAGUCUCAAAUUUCUCAUACUGAGUGCAUUAACAAAAUAAAAAUUUUUGGAACUUUUAUUUUUUUAAGAUUUGGCUUACUGUAGGCGUACUGUAGCUUUACUAUAAAUUUUUUAGCGGUGUUGUUAGUAUGUUUUGAGACUUCGACUUGUUUGAUUGGAUUCUUGACGUCAUACUGAGCACAUCUGACUAAAAACAACUUAAAGAUUCCUUUGAGUUUGAAAAAAACGUAAAUAGGUAAAUCGGUGCUUGGUAAAAGUGUUCCAAGCACCAGUUAUCGGGUCUCGCCCCGAACCUUGUUUUAAAAAUCUCUUUUCAUUAGAAAUUUGUUUUCAGACCAGCUUCGAUCGAUGGAAAUCGAGAGAAUCCAGAAUGGAUUUGCUCCUUGUUUGAAGGCGGACUUCAUGAAUGCCCAGCUCCCAUCAUCUCUUGUGGCCUCAUUAGCCAAGAAGGGAUGCGAAGAUGGGUCGACUAACUCCUCUUCGUCUCCAGCUGUAUCUCCGGUUUCUUCUUCCCCGAGCUUUGUGCAGUCAAUGCCCAAGCCAAUGAAUGGAAAUUCAAUAAAUUGCAGUGAUGCCAACGACUUGGAGAAGAUCCUCAGAGCUGGUGGAUAGUAAGUUCAAACACUGCAAAUGAGUAUUUCACGGUGCGAUGAUUUUUUAUUAAGUUUAGUCGAAGGUUGCCACCAUUUCCUCGGAAACUUCAAAACAAAAUUUGUAGUAUAUAUCUGUGAGACAACUUACUGUUUACAGAAUUUUUUUGAUUGAAUAUGCUUUUUCAAAAGUGCGUCGACUUUUUGUCGCAAGUGUUCCGGACAGUGCGGUUGACCUUUUGCACUAUGCAAUUAAAAAAUCGCCGUGGUGCAUUUUUUUAACUGCGUCGCUGCGAAUUUUGCGAACGUGACAGAGAUUGCACAGUGCGAAAAGUGGCAAAAUGCACUGUGGAAAAAAGUCUACGCAUUUCUGAAAAACCAUAUUACUACUUCAUUUUGUACGUGCUUUGUUUCAAAUUAUUUCAAAACUUUAAAGAAAUUUCCCGUUUGUUUCGAGGUUAAUAUUCAGGGGACUAGCAACUUCCCAGGUCACUAAAAAAAUCUUUUGUUUGAUAUGAUUACUAUAAAGAAUAGGUUUAAUUUUUUGCGAAUGUCUUCGAUUCUAUCAACUCUAGCCUUUUUGUAGCACCACUUGGUUAAAAUUUUAUAAAAAUUUAUAAUUAAAUGGCGGGAAAAUUUUGACUCAACCUAGUAUAUUUUAGUUCUCUGUUCCAAGACCCAGCGUUCACGGCCCCUUCAACCCCGUCUAUUGUCCCCCGUUCUUCUUCCAACCCACAAUCCAGUCGAUGCAACUCUCCAUCGGCCUCCGAACUGUUCUCCAUUCUAAAUGGUACUGGUCCAAUAAACUUAGCUGGUUAUGGAUUUGGGCCGGCUUCUUCCCAGGCGUCCAGGUUGCUGAAUGGGACCAAAAACAUCUCGCCCACUUUUCAUUGA